UUCCGCCACUUCCGGAGCGGGGUCCUUGGCUCGGAGGCGGCGGCUGCCCGGCCCGGGAGGCGCAGGCAAGCAGGCAGGCAGGAUGGCGACGGCGGCGGCAUCAGCAGCCUCCGCGUCCGCAGCGUCGUCUGCGGCCGGUGCCUCCGAGAAGGAGGCGAGCCAGCAGAGCAGCCUGGGCGCCUACUCGCCCGUCGACUACAUGAGCAUCACCAGCUUUCCCCGCUUGCCCGAGGAGGAGCCCGGCGGCAGCGCCCCCGAGAGCUGCCUGCGCUCCAGGAAGGAGGAAGACGCGUUCCUGGCCGAGCAGGACACGGAUCCAGAUUCCUUCUUAAAAUCAGCUCGCCUUCAGCGCCUGCCUUCAUCUUCAUCGGAAAUGGGCAGCCAGGACGUCUCGCCCCUCCGGGAGACCAGCAAGGACCCAUUCUCCGGGGACUGCAGCUGUCGCCAGGACGGUCUGACUGUGAUCAUCACCGCCUGCCUAACAUUUGCUACAGGAGUCACGGUGGCCUUAAUCAUGCAGAUCUACUUUGGAGACCCACAGAUAUUCCAUCAAGGUGCCGUAGUCACUGAUGCUGCUCGCUGCACAGCACUGGGGAUCGAGGUAUUGAACAAGCAAGGCUCCUCCGUGGAUGCAGCCAUCACCUCAGCCUUAUGCUCAGGAAUCAUCAACCCUCACACAGCCGGCAUUGGUGGCGGAGGAGUAAUGCUGGUCCAUGACAUCAGGAAGAAUGAGAGCCGGGUGAUUGAUUUCCGAGAGACGGCCCCUUUCAGCAUCCAAGAAGAGAGCCUUAGGAAGGCUUGGGAAACAAAGCCAGGUCUUCUGGUUGGUGUUCCAGGCAUGAUCAAAGGACUCCAUGAAGCACAUCAGUCUUAUGGGAGACUGCCAUGGAGACAGUUGUUGGGCCUUGCUGCAGAUGUGGCCCAGGAUGGAUUCAAUGUCACACAUGAUUUAGCAACGGCUAUAAAAGAAAUGAAGGAAGAGCAAAACUACUCAGAUAAAUUCAGAGAGACCUUCCUUCCAGAUGGCCAGCCCUUGUUGCCUGGCAUGUUUGUGAGAAGACCAGACUUGGCUGCUCUUCUUGACUUGCUUGGGUCGGCAGGGGUUUCAGCUUUCUACAGCGGAAAUGUAACACAAGAGAUUAUUUCAGAGGUCCUUAGCUUUGGAGGCACCUUGUCUGAAGAAGACUUCAGUAACUACACUGUCUUGGUGGAAAAUCCAGUCCACACAGUAUAUCAAGGCCACCUUGUUCUCAGUCCAUCACCUCCACACGUAGGUCCUGCCCUGAUCACAGCUCUGAACAUCCUUGAGGGUUUCAAUAUAACCAGUCAGGUAGCCAGAGAAAAUAUUCUCCACUGGAUAACAGAGACACUAAAAGUCGUCUUGGCACUAGCUAGCAGCUUGGGGGACCCUUUCUACGAUGUGUCCAUUUCUCACAGUGUAGAAGACAUGAUGAGCAAAUCCAAGGCAAAUUUCCUGCGACAACAGAUUGACUCUCAGUCGUUCCCCUCUGAUCAUGGCAUUCCACAUUUCUCCAUGGAAAAUGGACCCUCUGCAAGUCAGGUUCUUGUCAUGGGACCUGAUGACUACAUUGUUGCAGUUGUAAGUUCCUUGAACCGGCCGUUUGGAAGUGGAAUAAUGACUUCUUCUGGAAUCCUUCUAAACAGUCAGAUGCUGGAUUUUUCUUGGAUGAACGAAACAGAAGGCCAUUCAUCUUCUGGCUUGAGGAACUUUAUUCAGCCUGGGAAAAGGCCGCUGUCUUUCUUGCUACCCACUGUUGUCCGGCCAUCAGAAGGGAUGUGUGGGACUUACCUUUGUUUGGGAGCCAAUGGUGGCGACAAAGCUUUGAGCAGCAUAACACAGGUUUUAGUAAACGUUUUGACCUACAACAAGAACCUGAGUGAGAGUCUUUCGCUAGGCCGGCUUCAUCCUCAACUUCAGUCUAAUAUCCUGGAAGUUGACAGUGAGUUUCCUGAAGAAGAUAUCAAGUACUUUACAAGCAGGGGUCAGCCAGUGAGCAAAAUCGAGGUCCUUUCUCUCGUUCACGGAGCCAGAAGAACCAACAAUUUCAUAAUUGGUGUGAAAGACCCAAGAAGUGAGGAUGCAGCAGGAGCCACAAUAUUAUAGCAACUCCCAGAUGGGUUUCUUCAUGAAAUAAGGCUUUUUCCAAAACACAUUGUGCAUGUUCCCAAACAAUCCCUUUAUCAUUCCCCCUGAGGCGGAACAAACAGUGUUUGUUAUUGGUUUCUCCAUUGCUGAAUAGACCCCUCUGCACUUCUAUGCUAAAACCAAUGCAGCAAUGAAGGCUGACAAAGGCACAAUACAGACCUUAGUUUUGUUGUUGUUUUGUUCUUAUGAACUUGAGUUAAAAGAAUCUCAGGCAUUAUUAUAAUAUGAGCACAGGGAAUAGGUUUAAUUUCAGCAGCACCCUGUCAAUGGUUGAUUCCAGCCAUUUAAUGCACAGAGAGAUAUUUCUAAACUAAGCACUGGGAACAUUCAGGAAGCAAACCACUGGUUGUGUACAAAUGUGCUGUUCUGAGAGCAGUGGUGGCAGGUUCCUUCCUCUGUAAAUACACAUACUUCUGUUUUGAGACAAGUUCUCUAAAAAAGCAAAGAAAGAAUCACAGUUUCACAGGUUUGAGUCUGAAUGGAAUAAAUGAGAAAAAUCUUAUCUGUGGCGGGUGCCUAUUGGCUAAUGUAUGUGACAUCAUUAGCUCCGUCUCCUCCAAUCUCUUGAACAGUUCUGCAGUUUAAAAUAAUGUUUUCUGUCCCCCUCUCCCCCUUGUAAGGCAAGGAUAAACACAGAGAGAUAUAAGUGUGUGUGUGUGUGUGUGUGUGUGUGUGUGUGUGUGUACAGGCUGCUUUUUUAAAAAAAGUGGAUAGGCUGCCUGACUCAUUUAAAGAAGGUUAAACAGUGGCUGAUCCAGCAUUUCACCUCCCAAUAUGUAUAUUUGUCAUGGAUGUUUCAGCUUCACUGUGUGCUAGGGCCACACAUACUGGUUUGAGUGCUCUUGAAAAGGUACCUUUGUAUUCACCUGAGAAGAUGAGGCAAAGAUAUUUCUGUGUCCAGUGCAUUUAUUUCUGAUACUGUACUAGUCAACUCUGAAUGAUUCCUUCUCAAGUAGAUGAAUAGAGAAUAAGAACAAUGGGUUAAGUUAGCCCCGGGCAUUCUCAGAUGUUCCCCGUGAGUCAAAUGAUUUGUACCAGCAUACAUGUUCUAAUUGGAUAUUGGCUCCUCUGCACAUAUUAAUGAAAGAUUUUAUAAUUCUGAUUUUGCCUCUCUGCCCCAAUGGUGUCCUCUUGGUGGCAUCAGUGCUAUGAUAUCUUGCCAGUUAUUUCAACAAGUUGCAGGUUCCCCUGUUGUGUUUUGACACAAUACAUUUAUGUAGUUCAACUUUGGAUCUGGAUUAUAAUGCUAUGUACAUCUUUACUGGGGGAAAAGCUGAGCUUCAGUUUUCUCGUGCUACUGUCCAAAGUAGCUCUACCAGCGUAAUAACAUUGCAAAUUUUAAUGCAGAAAGAACUCAGGCAGAUUCAGUGUAAUCUUCUACUGAAUAAUUUAACUGAAAUCUUGGCUUUCCAUA